GUGUGUGAGAGAGAGAUUGGCCAGAGAGAGAGAGAUUGUGUGUGCAAGUGCAGUGUUUUGUUUUUCACACAGAGAAGCUGGUUGUGCUUAGCUUGGGGCUGGCUCUGCUUCCCAGAUCCACUUAAUCCUAGAAAAUAUCUCACCAUGCAGGUUCCUCUGUUUGUUCUCCCUGGGCGUGGACCGGUGAGAAAGGAAAGGUUUUCCCUAUCAGGCGACUUGGUCUGUGGAGGAUUUGUGUUCCUCUUUCCUGUCGCUCGGGCAGUGCUUCCCCAGCCGCGUGGGGGCUCCACGUCGGGCUGCUAAGGGCAAGGUCAGCGUUUCAAAACCACGAGCCGCUCUGAGAGGGAGAUGAGGCCUUUUACUCCAGUUGCAGCCUCCUCCGAGAGCUGCCCUGCCCGGGGAGCCUGUGACUCAGCAUGCACUCGGUGGCGGGAGUUUGUUUAUCAGCUCGGGCAGAUGACACAAGCACACCAAGGCAGGCAAAGGCCUGUCCACGGGAAAAGGAAAGUGAAGUGACUCGGCUCCCUCGGAGCAGCGGGGCCUCGUGCCUGCUUUCUCUUUCCAGAGCAGCGGUUCUCAGCCUUCCUCCUGACGAGACCCUUUCAAACAGGUCCUCGUGUGGUGCUGACCCCCAACCAUAACAUUAUUUUCGUUGCUAUUUCAGCACUGUCAUUUUGCUACGGUUAGGAAUCGGGCGACCCCCGUGAGAGGGUCGUUUGACCCCAAAGGGGUUUCGACCGCGGGUGGAGAACGGCUGUUCCCGACGCUCCAGGUUCUGUGUGGCGUUUAUAAGGGGCGAGGGCCUUGUCUUAGUCGGGCUCCGAGAUUCAAAGUCACCCUUUCGUUUUCCUUUAGAGAAGACUUUCACGAAAACCCCGCUGAGACCGUGUUUAAGAAAGGCUAGCCCGUGACUCCCAGGAGUCUCCCAGAAUUGGCGCAGGGAGAACGUGAACGGGGUCACUUCAGGGGAGGGAAGCCACCGUUACCAGAAGCUUAGUUACCAGUUCACUAAGUUAAGCUGGUGGGCUUCUCCCGUGCGAUCAGGCGAGAAGGCAGUGCCUUGGGCAAUGUCAUCCCGGUGCCCUUUCAGCCCCGUGGCAAUCUGACAGGGAGAGAACGGGGCCUUCCCUCCCGCCAGGAGCUGCAGUCUGGGAAGCCCACAGGGGCAGUUCUGCCCUGUCCUGUUGGAUCGUUAGAAGUCAGAAUGGACGCGAGGGCCGUGCGCGUGCUGUGGGUUUCAGCAGGCCAUUAGACAGCAAGUGUCCUCCUGAAAUAGGUGGAGUCCUCUGAGGGUAGAACUUAUUGGAAGUGAUUCCGUAUAAGAACUCCAGAUUUCCAAACCUAGAGAUGAUGGCAUUUCCGCUCAGUCAGUGGGAAUCCUGCGUGUUUGAGUGGGAGCUAGAAUGUGCAGAUGAACCCGUCCCAAGAGCGAGGCCUGAGGAAGCAGCGAGAGGACAAAGCUGCCAAAGCCCAGGCCCCGCCCACUCCUGAUGGGGCACAGCCUCCGCCAGGCCACCUCUGCCCCGCCACCAGCCCGGGCACUGCCAGCAAGUGCCCUUUCCUGGCAGCCCAGAUGAGCCAGAGGGGCAGCAGCGUCGUCCGUAUAGCCGGCCUGGAGCUGCAGGAGGACGUGCGGGAGGUCCGCGCCCUGAGGAAAGAGGUUGCGCAAACCUCAGCCAGCCCCGGCACGGCCAGCCCCGGCACGGCCAGCCCCGGCACGGCCAGCCCCGGCGCGGUCGCUGCAGAGACCUGCGGGGAGGAGCCCAGAGAGUUGCUGAAGAACUUCCAGGACAUCAUGAGAAAGCAGAGACCAGAAAGGGUGUCGCACCUGCUCCAGGACAACUUGCCAAAGUCUGUGUCCACCUUCCAGUACGACCGCUUCUUUGAGAAGAAGAUCGACGAGAAAAAGAGCGACCACACGUACCGGGUGUUCAAGACGGUGAACCGCAAGGCCCAGGCGUUCCCCAUGGCGGACGACCACUCCGACUCCCUCGUCACCAAGAAGCAGGUGUCCGUGUGGUGCAGCAAUGACUACCUGGGCAUGAGCCGCCACCCCCGCGUGUGCGGGGCCGUCAUGGACACCCUGAGGCAGCACGGUGCAGGGGCCGGGGGCACACGAAACAUCUCUGGGACCAGCAGGUUCCACGUGGACUUGGAGCGGGAGUUGGCCGACCUGCAUGGCAAGGACGCUGCCCUCCUGUUCACCUCCUGUUUCGUGGCCAACGACUCAACGCUCUUCACCCUGGCCAGAAUGAUGCCAGGUUGUGAAAUUUACUCAGACGCCGGGAACCACGCCUCCAUGAUCCAGGGCAUCCGGAACAGCCGUGUGCCCAAGCACGUCUUUCGGCACAAUGACGCGGGCCACCUGCGGGAGCUGCUGCAGGGCUCUGACCCCGCCGUGCCCAAGAUCGUGGCCUUCGAGACGGUGCACUCCAUGGACGGUGCGGUGUGCCCCCUGGAGGAGCUGUGUGACAUCGCCCAUGAAUUUGGAGCAAUCACCUUUGUGGACGAGGUCCACGCGGUCGGACUGUACGGGGCUCGAGGCGGGGGGAUCGGCGACCGGGACGGAGUCAUGCCAAAGAUGGACAUCAUUUCUGGGACCCUCGGCAAGGCCUUCGGCUGCGUGGGCGGGUACAUCGCCAGCACGCGGGCUCUGGUGGACACGGUGCGCUCCUACGCUGCCGGGUUCAUCUUCACCACCUCCCUGCCCCCCAUGCUGCUGGCCGGGGCCCUGGAGUCCGUGCGCGUCCUGAAGAGUGCCGAGGGCCAGGCGCUCCGCCGCCAGCACCAGCGCAGCGUCCAGCUCCUGCGGCAGAUGCUCCUGGACGCCGGUCUGCCGGUGGUGGCCUGUCCCAGCCACAUCAUCCCCCUCCGGGUCGCAGACGCUGCCAAGAACACCGAGGUCUGUGAUGAGCUGAUGAGCCGACACCACAUCUACGUGCAGGCCAUCAACUACCCGACCGUGGCCCGCGGGGAGGAGCUGCUGCGGAUCGCCCCCACCCCCCACCACACGCCCCAGAUGAUGGGCUACUUCCUCAAGCACCUGGUGGCCACGUGGACGAGAGUGGGGCUGGAGCUGAAUCCGCGGUCCUCUGCCGAGUGCAGCUUCUGCAGGAGGCCGCUGCACCUGGAGGGGCUGAGCGCACGGGAGAAGGCCUACUUCUCGGGCAUGAGCAAGCUGGUGUCCGCCCAGGCCUGAGCGUGACUGCGGCGACCCGCCCCAUCCACACCGUCCCGAGUCGUCUUUGUAUGUGAAUUAAAUUAUAUGAACGCGA